CCUCCCGCGGGCAUGAACGGCUAUGGCUCCCCGUACCUCUACAUGGGCGGCCCGGUGUCGCAGCCCCCGCGGGCUCCGCUGCAGCGAACGCCCAAGUGCGCCCGGUGCCGCAACCACGGUGUGCUGUCCUGGCUGAAGGGGCACAAGCGCUACUGCCGCUUCAAGGACUGCACCUGCGAGAAGUGCAUCCUCAUCAUCGAGAGGCAGCGGGUGAUGGCCGCUCAGGUGGCGCUCCGCCGGCAGCAGGCCAACGAGAGCCUGGAGAGCCUCCUCCCAGACUCCUUGCGCUCCCUCCCGGGGCCGCCGGGCAGUGCCGAGCCCCCCACGCCGCCGCCGGGGCCGCCGCCCUGCGCGGCACCGCCGCGGGCCCCCGCCGAGCUGGCCGCCGCCGCCGCCCUGCGCUGGGCCACCGAGCCGCCCCCCGCGCUCCCGGGGACGCUCCCCAAGGCAGACACGAACGAGGAGAGGUUGGGUGAUGCCAGUGGAGCAGACAACGCUGAGACCUACAGCGACAAAGAUACAGACCAAAGGAGUUCCCCAGACAUGACUAAAGCCAAAACCUGUUUCACCCCUGAAAGCCCUGAAAUUGUUUCAGUGGAUGAGGUUGGUUAUGCAGUUCAGAAAAAUGGUGGGAGCACAGAGAAUCAUCCAGACAGCCCCAAGUACCACCCAGAGCAGAACCACCUUCUGAUAGAAGGUCCUUCUGGGACAGUUUCUCUACCAUUCAGUUUGAAAGCAAACAGACCUCCGCUUGAAGUCUUGAAAAAGAUCUUCCCUAAUCAAAAGCCAACUGUGCUAGAGUUGAUCCUGAAGGGGUGUGGUGGUGAUCUGGUGAGUGCUGUGGAGGUUCUCCUGUCUAGUCGGUCUUCAGCGGCAAGUGGGGAGAGAACUUCUGCAGAAUCUGAUGGUCUUGUUUUGCCUUCCAACGGGCACAUUUUUGAACACACGCUGAGUUCCUACCCUAUUUCAUCCUCCAAGUGGUCUGUGGGCUCUGCAUUUAGGGUUCCUGACACACUGAGAUUCUCUGCUGAUUCCAGUAAUGUCAUGCCAAAUCCUCUGGCUGUACCUCUGCAGCACCCUUUCCCUCAACCACCACGCUACCCACUGAUGUUGAGGAACACUUUGGCAAGAAAUCAGUCCAGCCCGUUCCUGCCCAAUGAUGUCACCCUGUGGAACACCAUGACACUGCAGCAGCAGUACCAGCUGCGGUCCCAGUACGUCAGUCCUUUCUCUAGCAACACAGCCACAGUUUUCCGAAGCUCACCUGUACUUCCUUCGCGCUCGUCAGAGGAUCCUAGGAUCUCAAUUCCCGAUGAUGGGUGUCCUAUUGUGUCUAAGCAACCAAUUUACACAGAAGAUGAAUAUGAGGAAAGGUCUGAUUCUUCAGACUCAAGAAUUCUCAACACUUCCUCUUAG